CUCUGCUACUCUUUGUAGUUCUCUCCUCUAUUCUGGGUAUCACUCUUCACAGAGCUCGAGAUCUCUUUUAGGGUAUCAGCCGCUUUUUCGGUCUCUCAGUCUCUUCUUGCUAACUUACGCUACCCCUAUGGGCUUACUCGACCAGCUUUGGGAUGACACCGUCGCCGGACCUCGUCCGGAGAACGGUCUCGGAAAGCUUCGAAAGUAUUCCACCUUCAGUUUCCGGUCUAACUCUGGCAAGGGAUCUGACGGUGGAAACGUGAGAUCGUACGGUGAGGAUCAGCCGGAGGAGCCGACGAGAGUUACACGGAGUAUCAUGAUAGUAAGACCACCAGGGAGCCUGAGCGGCUCUCCUCCGGUUUCGCCAGCUGGGUCAACUCCUCCAGUGUCGCCGUUUUCUGGAGGCAGAGAGUCGUUUAGGUUUCGAAGAAAGUCAGCAUCGGAUGCGUACGAGAAGACCAGCGAAGUUGGACCCAGAAGCAGCCCUCCUCCUCCUUACGACGUGUGAGAUAUGAUGAUGAUGAUGAUGAUCACAAGAUCAUGUUUUGUAGUCCCAAAUCAAACGGCUGAGAAUGUUACUUACUAUAAAUAUGUAGCUCUGUCGUGUGUGUGUGUGUUUUGGAAGAGGUGGUUGUGUAAUUUCUUACUUGUUCAUGUAAGAUAUAUAUAUAUAUAUAUAUAUGAUGAUGAUGAUGAUGAUGUGAGAUAUGUGCUGUUUGAUGUAGCUAUAUCGAUCGAGUGUAGGGUUGGUUAUGUACGUACUUUUGUUAAAUCAUCUCUGUAUAUAGUGCGCCUUUUCUCGUUUUA